AUGUUGAUUCCCGGCAUUUUUAAUCUUUCCAAUAUUCUAUUUUCUUCAGAUUUAAAGGAUAUAAUCUUUUCAGUAAAGCCUGAUUACGGCGGAACCAAGCUAUAUAUAACGGACACCAGAAGCAUGACCCACGAUGUCUCAAGUAUGAAAAAAUUCUAUGUUCAUUACAAUGAAACACACAUGAUCAAAACGACGGAUCUUCAACCGAAAUGUAAGAGAAUAUUAUGCAUUUCACCUUGUCUUUAA